CAAGUGGGCAAGUUCACGUUAUAGUACUGUAUAUGUGCCAUAAAAUAUUCGAUGCCACUUUGCUAUUAUGAUUCUUUACAAAGCAAUGGAUGCCCUAUAAAUUUGGUCUCCUGUCGUGGAGUCGACAUCUACAGAGAUCAUUUGAAACCUGAUUAAGAGAUCUAAUCUAGUAGUAACGGUUAAUAAUGGCUACAAUGUGCCAUUCUGGGAUGCUGGUUUUGGCAGUUUUGGCAUUCAUAGGCUUUGCUCAAGCAGAUUUGCAGAUGAAUUUCUAUGCCAAGAGCUGCCCCAAUGCUGAGAAAAUUGUGGUGGACUAUGUCAACAAGCACAUCCCCAGUGCUCCCUCUUUGGCAGCUGCCUUGUUAAGAAUGCACUUCCAUGAUUGCUUCGUCAGGGGCUGUGAUGCAUCAGUUCUUUUAAAUUUCACGGCUGAAUCGGGUAGCGCAACUGAAAAGACAGCGAAUCCCAACCUAACGCUAAGGGGAUUCGACUUCAUCGACAGAGUGAAGAGCUUGUUGGAAGCUGAGUGCCCUUCCAUAGUUUCCUGUGCAGACAUAGUUGCCUUGGUUGCAAGAGAUUCCAUUGUUGCCACUGGUGGGCCUACUUGGAAAGUUCCAACUGGGAGAAGAGAUGGAUCCAUCUCAAGUGCCCAAGAAGCCUUAAAGAACAUCCCCAGACCAACUUUCAACUUGACCCAACUUGAAUCAAAUUUUUCCAGCAAAGGACUUGAUGUUAAAGACCUUGUCUUGCUAUCUGGAGCUCACACAGUUGGAAUUGCACACUGCCCAUCAUUCUCCGAUAGGCUGUACAAUUUUACGGGACAUGGGGAUGAAGAUCCAUCUCUGGAUAGUGAAUACGCAGCAAAUUUAAAGGCAAGAAAAUGCAGGACACCAACUGAUAACACCACCAUUGUUGAGAUGGAUCCAGGCAGCUCCAAGAUAUUCGAUCUUAGCUACUAUAGGCUUCUCUUGAAGAGGAGGGGUCUGUUCCAUUCUGAUGCAGCUUUAACAACAAGCUCGACCACAACUGAGUAUAUCAAUGAACUUCUAUCGGGAUCGCUCAAUUUCUUCUCCGAAUUUGCCUCAUCCAUGGAGAAAAUGGGAAGGAUUGAGGUUAAGACUGGAUCCGAUGGAGAGAUUAGGAAGAAAUGUGCAUUCGUGAACAGCUAAUUAUGAGCUUUGGUCUCUUUAAUCUCUCUAUUUUUGUAUUUUUUUUUUUUUUUGGGUGGGUUGGAUGUUCGAUUUAAUUAAUGUUUAUGUGUUGUAUUUUGAAUUAUGAUAUUGAAUUAUGAUCAUAAGAUGUCGCAUGAAUAAUGAAUAGAUGAUUUACGAUUCUUUUUGAUUGA